AGGCUCCACGCAGGGGGCCUUCUCGGCUCCCUUGCUGUGGCUGCCGCCGCUGCCGCGGUUGCUGCGGUUUGGUGAGGCGAGAACCUGUCGUGGACCUUGUCGAGUACUUAUCUGUUGUCGUUUUUUACCUGAGGAGUCAUCCUUCCUCCGUCGCACCCUGACUCCUGUGGUGUCGACGGGGAGUCCCUGCAGACACCUCGGCACGCCGUGGAGAUGCCUCUCUUUGCCACCAAUCCUUUCGAUCAGGAUGUUGAGAAAGCAACCAGUGAGAUGAAUACUGCUGAAGAUUGGGGCCUCAUUUUGGAUAUUUGUGAUAAAGUCGGUCAGUCUCGCACUGGACCUAAAGAUUGUCUUCGGUCUAUUAUGAGGAGGGUGAACCAUAAAGAUCCUCAUGUUGCUAUGCAGGCUCUGACUCUUCUAGGGGCAUGUGUAUCAAACUGUGGCAAAAUUUUUCACUUAGAAGUGUGUUCAAGAGAUUUUGCUAGUGAAGUAAGCAACGUAUUAAACAAGGGUCAUCCUAAAGUGUGUGAAAAAUUAAAGGCCCUUAUGGUUGAAUGGACAGAUGAAUUUAAGAAUGAUCCACAGCUUAGCCUAAUAUCAGCAAUGAUUAAGAAUCUUAAAGAACAAGGAGUUACAUUUCCAGCUAUUGGUUCUCAGGCUGCAGAACAAGCAAAAGCCAGCCCAGCUCUGGUAGCCAAGGAUCCUGGUACUGUGGCUAACAAAAAAGAAGAGGAAGACUUAGCAAAAGCCAUUGAGUUGUCCUUGAAGGAACAAAGGCAGCAGUCCACCACCCUUUCCACUUUGUAUCCAAGCACAUCAAAUCUCUUAGCUAACCACCACCAUGAAGGCCGAAAAGUUCGUGCUAUAUAUGACUUUGAAGCUGCUGAAGAUAAUGAACUUACUUUUAAAGCUGGGGAAAUUAUUACAGUUCUUGAUGACAGUGAUCCUAACUGGUGGAAAGGUGAAACUCAUCAAGGCAUGGGGUUAUUUCCCUCUAAUUUUGUGACUGCAGAUCUCACUGCUGAACCAGAAAUGAUAAAAACGGAGAAGAAGACGGUACAAUUUAGUGAUGAUGUUCAGGUAGAAACAAUAGAGCCAGAACCGGAACAAGCCUUUAUUGAUGAAGAUAAAAUGGACCAAUUGCUACAAAUGUUGCAAAGUACAGAUCCCAGUGAUGAUCAGCCAGAUCUUCCAGAGUUACUUCAUCUUGAAGCAAUGUGUCACCAGAUGGGACCUCUCAUUGAUGAAAAGCUGGAAGAUAUUGAUAGAAAACAUUCAGAACUCUCAGAGCUUAACGUUAAAGUGAUGGAGGCACUUUCACUGUAUACCAAGUUAAUGAAUGAAGACCCAAUGUAUUCCAUGUAUGCAAAAUUACAGAAUCAGCAGUAUUAUAUGCAAUCAUCUGGUGUUUCUGCUUCUCAGGUAUAUCCAGGUCCUCCUCAAAGUGGUGCUUACCUGGUUGCAGGGAAUGCCCAGAUGAGCCAUCUCCAGAGCUACAGUCUUCCCCCAGAGCAGCUGUCUUCUCUCAGCCAAGGAGCACUUCCACCGUCUGCAAACCCAGCGCUUCCUAGUCAACAGACUCAGGCUUCUUAUGCUAACACAAUGGUCAGUUCUGUUCAAGGAAAUACAUAUCCCAGCCAGGCUUCAGUGUACAGUCCUCCUCCUGCUGCUGCUGCUGCUGAUGUCACUAUAUACCAGAAUGCAGGAACUAAUAUGUCCCAUGUGCCAAACUAUAACUUAACAUCCUCAGCGCUGCCUCAACCAGGAGGCAGUCAACAGCCACCUCAGCCACAGCAACCAUAUUCUCAGAAGGCUCUGCUAUAGGAUUUGGGAUUCCUCUUUGAUCUGCUAAAUGCCGCUGAAAAUGUUACGCGAUUCUUUGAUAUCUUAAGGUUUGUUUAUCCGCAGCUUAUAGGAAUCUGUCUUGGUCAACAAGUUCAAAUAUUCAAGACAUUAGAACUCUCUUCAAUUUGCACUGACUUUUUAGAGGUUUUCCCCUCCCCCUCCCCAGAGGAAUGAAAACUACUUACAACAUUUAAUUCCUUUCAUAAUAUGAAAGAAUUGAUAAAAGAUUAUUUGUCCAUAAAAUUACCUGGUCUGCAAAAAGUCAAACUUACAACAGUUGUUGUGGCAAAUGUUAUGUACAUAUAUUGCUAUAUAAGUUCAUUAGUGGCCAUUUUGAAUCACAAUGGUGAUCAUGUGAAUAUAUUUAACACUUAAAUUAAUUUACAUUGCUAUUUUAUUUUAAUCAUGAACAACUACCAUGUUUCGUAAUGUUUUGUGUAAAUUUAAGAUAAUUACACUAUCCUUUUAAACUGCAAGAGAACAAAGCUGUAACAUAAUUACAUGAAGGUAUUAUGUUGUCAAAUGUUUUUGUUUUUACAUGAAACUGAACUUUCCUUUGAUUGUGAGAUAAACAUAUGUACAUUAUGUCCUUCUGUAGCCUCUGCAUACUACUAGCUGUCAUCACACCAGCAUACAGUAGCUAAAUUUUUGGUGCAGUUAUAGCAAAUGAUGUUCCCUUUUAAACUUACACAUUUUGGCAUGAUAUUUCAGAGGAUUGUGGGACCAUGAGACAAAAUAAGUGGGAUCAUGUUCUUUAUAUCUUAUUUUUAAAGAAAUAAUGUUGAUUUACUUUUUUCCUUGUUGAAGAUAGUAAUUAGAUUUAUAAACUGUAUACUGUGUCUAUUGGUGGCAGUGACACCAAAGAUAGAGGCAAUGGACAGAAAUUUUUAAACUGGAAAGAAACCAUGAAUAACACUACAUUUUCAAAGUCUCUUGUAAUUAGUUAGGAUAUUAAAAAAAUGAUUCAUUUGUCUUAUUCCACUAUUAGUCUUUUAAAUAUGUCUUUAACACAUUGUAUCCUUUAAUUCUUCAUUAAAAUCAAUAUAAGCAGAUGUUUCAAAGUAAUCAAUAUUCCUGGCUUUGCUUAACAGUUUGUACAUUUAUUCUUAUCUUUCAAACUGGAUGGGGCUGUUCUCUCUCAUUUUAAAGUUCUGAUGGAAUUAAGUUGGCUUCCUAUUCAGGAGUAUUUUUCAAUGAAUGCCUUUUUUUUUUAAUGUACAUGAAUUGUUUUCCACUGACAUUUUAAUCUUCUUAAAUAUUUAUAAUUUUCCUGGUUGUGCUAUACUAUCAGCUGAAAAGUUGAGCAUCACAUUAAAUGGAUUUAACAGAUUUCACACCAUAAAUGAAAAUUUAAUUUCCAUUUUCUAAGACUGUUAUAAUCAGAUAACACUUUUCCUUCCCUUUUGACAAAUGGUUCCAUCUUUACAAGGAAUCUUAAUGGUGACUGAAUCAUAGUUUCAGAUUUAAAGCACCAUCUUCAAUGUAAGUGUUUUACCCUGGUGUUGUGUUUUCCAAUUUUAGAAUAUGCUGCCCUCAAAUAGAAAUUUUUAAAUUUGAAUUCAAAAUUUACAUUUAAAAAAUUGUAAUGUGUAGUUCUUUUGAUAAACAUGUCAAACAGGUCAUAAUCUUUAUUCCAAUUUGAAUAUUCUGGUUUCACUGAUACACUUUUUUCCCAUUAUAGUGUAUUUUUCUGUCUGUCUUUUUGAUAAAUUUCUGUUUAUCAUUGGUGAGUGUAUCAUUUCCCCAUUUUAUCUUCAUGCUUCCUUUAUGCUAAUAUACUUCAAUUACAUAUUCUCUUACUUGCUUUGUACUACACAAAAGUCAAAGAACGGUAAAAAUGAAAAAAGCUACCCUUAUUAACUAUUACUAUUGGUUUACUUACCAACUGUACUAAUUAUAUAUAUAUAUACACACAUACACAUUUUUAAACUUACUAUAUUAGUGUGUUUAUAAAGGUAUUAAUGAUGAAUACUUAAUACUGAUACCAUAUGAGUUUGUGCUUUUCAUUUGUUAACUGUAAAAAUGCCAGGUGGAAAAAUUCUAAUGAAAAGAAACCACUGGAUUUUCUGUAUGUUAGAUGACAUGGUGAGGACAGAAAUAGCAAAGGACCAGUUAGGAGCACAGUGAUUUUGUCUGAGCCCAGUGUUGCAUGUGUUGUACUUAAAAAACAAAAUCUCUAAAAUAUAACAAUCUUUUUUUUUAAAAGAAUGGUUUAUAAAAUGAACUAACUAUAAUGUGAAUUUCUGUGAAGCAAAUUUUACUUAAUUUAUUUUGUGUAUAAAGUUUUAAGUGUGUAGCCAUAAACCAGUUACAUCUAAAUAAAAAAAUUAAGUUCCGUUACUACCUAGCAUAAAUAGCCAACACACCCCGUGGCCAAGGAUGUAAUAGCAGUGCCCUAAACCUACUGGAAGCAGUAUGUAGUGUGUCACAUACUCUGACUUGACAGUGUUUCCUGACACUGCGACCCUCUUCACUGUUACCGAUCUCUCCUCAGCAAGGGACCUCUUUAUACUAAAAAUUCCUGGAGCUUUGUUUCUAUACCUCUUAAUUUUUGUACUUAAAAUGCUUAAUAGACCACUAGUAGUCUUUUUUGAUACAGUUUUCAUAUAUGAUAUGUAUAAUUCAGCUUGCAAAUAUUUUUAGUCCAAAGUUUCAAGUUUACAUAAGACAAAUUAAUACCCUUUAUGAUAAACUAUGCAACUAUAAAAACUAUAAAUUACUUGUUAAAAUGAAGUCCAUUGAUGUAAUUUGGCCAUAUUUUUAUCUGUUUAGUACAGAAAGAGCAGUUUUCUUUUUCUCAUACAGAUUUCCUUGGUUUACUUACCAACUGUACUAAUUAUAGUUUCCUGUUACAUCACUUUUAAAAUAUUUAAUGCUAUAGCUUAAUUUUUUCAUUAUUGUGUUAUUUUCUAAUAUUUUUAUUUUUGUUGAUUAACUGCUUAUACCCCUUAGAAUAAAAUACAAAGAGGAAAACUACCUAAAUAGGUUGUAAAGACCUUUGUCUAGUUAUCAUUUGUUUCAGAACAGUGUUUUGAUGCAGUGCUCCUGCCAGGUGCCUAGAUUCCUUUCUGUACUGUGUGUAGAGACAUGUGCCCCAGGUUUUUAAGCAAAGUUGUCUGAGUUUUAUGUAUUCUUUUUUUCAUAUGAUCUUCCUUUAAAAUUAUAAAACUUAGUAAUUUUUUCUAAAGUUUUCCUAGUUUCAACAAUAUUUUUUAUGAUGUUCUAGAGCAUUUUAAGUCUCAGUGUUUAAAAUCUUAGGUUUUCUUGCUCAAAAAAAUUGAACAGUUUAUUAGUGAUAACUUAGGGUCAUGCUGAACUUAGAUGUGUCUAUCUUCGGACUCGAGCUAAUGCUAAUACUUUCCACUGCCAUCAUUGUCUGUUUGCUGCUUCUCAUAGACACAGAAUUUCUGAUAAGGAUUGCAUGUUAAAGUAAUAAGAGUCAAUGGCCCCUGGACAAAAGUAAAAGGUACUAGUUUUAAUGAUCUUUUUGGUGGUCAGAGACUUAAAAAAAAGUUUUGUGAUACCUCCAUCAGUAACAAAUAUUUUUGAGUAUAUAGCUUCAAAAUAUGUAUGUGUAUGUUUUUACAAGCUGUAUAAGUUCUGCGUAUUGUAAUAUGUAUUGUACAUUUUAAAACAUACAAAAAAAUAGAAGUCUUAAAAGAGGGUGAGUGAAAAAAUUGUUAAUG